UCGCUCGCCAUCCGUAUGCUUGUAUUGUAGUUUUUCUUCUUUUUUACAAUUUUCAUGAAAAAUAACGGAAAAUGACGCGUAACCGCUUAUGUUUGUGCAUGGGAUAAAGUGUGUGGUGAUAAUAUUGUAAAGGACAUACUCGGCAAUUUUGCUACAUCUGUGUGAACUGUUCGACGCAAACUUUUGAAAAUGAAACAUACUUUUGCUUUGUAGUAUUAAUUUAUAGCGUGAGGAACAAGAAUGGAGCAUGCGGACCUGGUGGCGGAGAUGGCGCAGGUGGAGCACCUCACCACGCAGGAGAGACUUCACCUGGCCAGAAGGCGGCGCAUGCAGCAGCUAAAGCUAUGGCAGCAGCGCGAGAAGGAGUGGGCGCGGCGCGGGGGCAAGCGCGACAAGAGCAACAAGCGCAACAUCUACUUCAGCGACAGCGUCAUGCUGCUGGAGGCGGCAGCCAGGAACGAUAUCGAGGAAGUUCGGAGGCUGCUCGCGCGCGGUGUCACCCCUGACGCCACAAACGAGGACGGUCUCACAGCCCUGCACCAGUGCUGCAUAGACAACAACGAGGCCAUGAUGAGGCUGCUCCUCGACAACGGUGCCAACGUCAACGCCGAAGACAGCGAGAAAUGGACGCCACUCCACGCGGCCGCCACGUGCGGCAACCUCAACCUAGUCCGCAUACUUAUACACAGGGGGGCUAACCUACUUGCUGUAAACGGCGACGGCAACAUGCCCUACGACAUAUGCGAAGAAGAAAGAACGCUAGAUGCGAUAGAGAGUGAGAUGGCAGCUAGGGGAGUUACUCAGAGACUGAUUGAUGAGACUAGAGCGGCUACGGAGAUGCAAAUGCUUUUAGAUGUAGCCGAGUUAGUUAAGCAAGGGAUGGACUUAGAUGAGCCUAGAGAUAACCAGGGAGCGACGCUGCUCCACAUAGCGUCCGCGAACGGGUACAUGAAGGUGGUGGAGUUUCUCCUGGAGCAUCGCGCGUCCACGGACGUGGUCGACCACGACAUGUGGCAGCCCGUCCACGCGGCUGCCUGUUGGGGACAUCUGGAAGUUCUGGAGCUAUUAGUGCAGUACGGCGCCGACCUCAACGUGCGGAACAAACACGACGAGACACCCGCUGAUAUCUGCGAAGAGGGCGAGAUGCGAGGCCGCAUCGUGCGGUUAGCGGCCGAGCAGGAGGAGGUGCGACGUCGCGCCGCCAGUGUAGCUGGUGAACGACUACGGGCAGCGAGACGUUCCUCGUCAACAGCAUCGGCGACAAGGGUGCGGUCUGUGCGGCGCACGUCGCUCCGGGAGAAGCAGAUGGCGGCUAAGGCGGACGUGCGGGGCGAGGCGCGAUUGCGGGAGACCUUCGACUCCGCCGCUGAUGAUGAUUAUCAGGGCCUCGCAAACGGUAUCGAGAAUGACCAGAACACGACCAACAUCCCUGACCUGUCCCACACGCGGCUGUCCAUCACCUCCACAACCUCCAACCAGUCCUACGACUCCAACGUCGACUACGCGGUGCCAAAACACACCUUCACCCGCAACCAUCACGACGAAUACCAGAAGGACUUCCAAAAAGAGUUUCAAAAGGACUUUCAGAAAGUCACCAACCCGCUCUUUGGGGUUAACGCCGCCUCCCAGUAUAACCCUACGGCGCUCGACGAGAAAUUCGUGCCCAACGGGAUCAGAAAGGCCCCUGAAGGGCAGGACAACGAGGCCUUCAAAGAAGACACAGUUGACGGUAGAAAGGAGGUGACCAAUCAAAUAGCGAUAGCUGAUGGCGGCACCGCGACUUACACCACAGACAAUAAUGGUAAAAUCAAUGUACAUGUCACCGUCAUGAUAAACGCAGGAACUCUAGCGGACUUGAAGAAGCAGCGAGCUCAGAUUCGAACGAACGGAUCCCCAGUCGAGAGUACAGUUCACUCGCCGAAUACUCACAGUCUCAAUUCCAUUCCUGAGGAUGCGAAGGAGGAGAAACCACAUGUUCUCUCUCCGACCACCGUGCCAAGGUUUUCUGGCAACACCAGUGAUGUGGUUGGCGAUACCAAAUCGAGAAGGUGUUGUAUUAUUAUGUAAAUAAUCGAUUCCAAAAUAUCGAUUAAGCUUUGGAGCUACUAAUACAUACCAAUUCGUCAGUAGAACUGAUUAAUCGAUUCUGAAUUGCAAUGCAUAUUUAAAUAGUUGAUACCAAUAACUAUUUUAAAAUUUUCAAAUUAGGUUAAUUGAUUACUUACUUUAAUAUCGAUUUACAAUGCGACCAUGCGAAUC